AAAAAAUAGAAUGACAAAAGAUGAACAAAAUUAAAAAGUUGCUAUUAUCCGUACUAAAAAUCAUGGGGAGAAGAUAUAAAAUCAUAAUUGAAGGCCCGACGACUGCCGACGUCUAGGCUUCUCAUCUUCGUCUCACACAUCUGUUACCUGUGAUCUGAGGAAGAAGAUUCGAAGAAUUUGCCAUUUUUCUAGGGUUUUGCUCAAUCUGUUUAAUCUAAAUCAACCAAAAUGGCGGCUCCACCAGCUAGAGCUCGAGCGGAUUACGAUUACCUCAUAAAGCUUCUCCUAAUCGGCGACAGUGGUGUUGGUAAGAGUUGUCUCCUUUUACGAUUUUCAGAUGGCUCCUUCACCACUAGUUUCAUAACAACUAUAGGUAUUGAUUUUAAGAUAAGAACCAUUGAACUUGAUGGAAAACGAAUCAAACUGCAAAUCUGGGACACUGCUGGUCAAGAACGAUUCAGAACAAUCACAACCGCUUAUUAUCGUGGAGCCAUGGGUAUUCUGUUGGUGUAUGAUGUAACUGAUGAAUCAUCAUUUAACAACAUCAGGAAUUGGAUCCGUAACAUAGAACAACAUGCAUCUGAUAAUGUAAACAAGAUACUGGUUGGAAACAAGGCUGACAUGGAUGAAAGCAAAAGGGCUGUUCCUACCUCAAAGGGUCAGGCACUUGCAGACGAGUAUGGCAUUAAGUUCUUUGAGACUAGUGCAAAAACGAAUAUGAAUGUGGAGGAGGUGUUUUUCUCUAUAGCUAGGGAUAUAAAGCAAAGACUUGCUGAAACUGAUACAAAGGCUGAGCCACAGACAAUUAAGAUUAAUCAACAAGGGCAAGGUGCAGGGUCUUCUGAAAGUGCUCAAAAAUCAGGGUGUUGUGGGUCCUAAUAAUUGAAAAAAGGUUAGCCACAUUGACAAAAGAAGAAUGUCGAUAGGGUGAUUCUAUACUACUAAUCUUGCUAUGACAACAUUAAGGUUGAUUGUAUUUUUGUCAGCAUUCUAAAUUUUUAUUUACUAAGUUGUGUUUCAAAAGCUGGUUCCUAUUGUGAGAAAUCAAUCAAAUCAUGUUAUGUCAUUUUUUUUUAAUGUUCAUGUAUUGUUUCUUGCUUUGGGUAUGCAAAGUUUUAGUUGAUGUGUUA